AAUAAGAAGCCUUCCAAAAGCCAGAAAAAGAAAAGCAGCAGAUAAGCAUAUCCAGUGUUAUAUUAGUUUGUGGGAUGGCAAAACUGUCAGAUCCUCUUGUGUUGGGGAGAGUGAUUGGGGAUGUUAUUGAUGCCCUCUCCCCAUCUGUGAAAAUGUCAGUCACUUUCAACACCAACAAGCAGGUAUAUAAUGGCCAUGAAUUUUUUCCAUCUGCAGUUACUAACAAGCCUAAGGUUGAGGUUCAUGGAGGUGAUAUGAGAUCCUUUUUCACCCUGGUGAUGACAGACCCAGAUGUUCCUGGUCCUAGUGACCCUUACCUGAGGGAGCACUUACACUGGAUAGUGACAGAUAUCCCCGGCACAACAGAUGCCACAUUUGGAAGGGAAAUGGUGAACUACGAAAUGCCAAGGCCAAACAUAGGGAUCCACAGGUUUGUGUUCCUCCUCUUCAAGCAGAAAGGCAGGCAAACAGUGAGAAGCAUACCGUCAUCAAGGGAUCGUUUCUAUACCAGGAAGUUUGCAGAAGAAAACGAACUAGGGGUUCCUGUUGCAGCUGUCUAUUUCAAUGCUCAAAGGGAAACAGCUGCUAGAAGACGCUAAAACAUAAAGUGGUUCACCAAUGGAUCAAUGAUGUUUGCCCUAGAUCUGUUCAAAGUUCCAUUGUGCUUCCAGUAAAAUACAUGUAAUAGCAGUAGUAUACUAGUAGUUGUGCCAAAUGUGGCCAAGAAUAAGCUCUUGGUGGGGGACAUUUCUUAGGGAAUAUUUACCUCCAAAGCAGUAUCUCGCUGUUGUAGUAUAUUAUAUUAUAUAUAUCCUUUCAAGGUUUAGACUGCUAAACUACUUUGUAACUUAAGCUGUUUCGAAAUAUAUUUAAAAGAAAUGGUGUCUUCCGUUGUA